UUGCGCCGCCACCUAUAACAGCAGUGAGAGAGAUAGAGAGAGGGGGACGAGGAGGAGCUGGCGUUAUAUUCAUCCUAAGUGGACUUUGUGAGUCAUACAGCUCCUCAGCGGACGCAGAUGAAAGCAGCGCCAUGCCUGGACUCAUCAACAAGGAGAACUGCAGCCCUUUACUCCUCAGCAUCUCUGAUAUCACUACCUGUGUCAGGGGUUACACUCAGGCCAUGACAGCUUCCAUGGCGUAUGAAAACAUCGAGGACCAUGCCAUCGAAGGGAUUUUCAUCUAUCCACUGGAGGAAAAAGCCAUCGUCGUGGGUUUUGAGGCGAUGAUCUCCAGCCAGAUCAUCACGCUGCAAAUUAAAGACAAGGCCAAGAUUGACGACUGUUACAACAAUCCAUGUAGCUUGCCAAACGGAGCUCCCCCUAGCGGCGUUGGCCACAUAGUCCUGGAUGAGGAUUUGGAGAGGACAGUGCUCGUGGUCAACCUGGGCAUCAUCCCUCCCUUGGAAACGGUCCACAUUCUGGUCAGUACGUCCUGUGAGCUAUCCACUCUGCCCAGCGGGGGCAUCUCCGUGUCCACACCACCAGUCUGCACGCCCCGCGUACAGAGGAGUAUCAAUGAGGAGCAAGGAUUGUCCCCAAAUUUCUGCAAAAUGCGAGAAAGACAUCCACCCAGCCCACAGGAUCCAGCUGGCAGCUGUCAACACUUUUGCUUGGCUGCUCUGCUGGAGGAGGAGGCCAUCAACUCCAUGGAUUACCAGUUUAACUUCCAGCUGGAGAUACGAGCCCCUUACCUCCUCGCAGGUGUGGAGAGCCCGUCUCACGCCAUCCGAGCCGACGCCGACCCUCUGGCCCGCUCGGCCACUUGCGUGGUCAUCACACUGGCAGACAAGUACACUUAUGAUUGUCCAGUGAAGAUUCUCAUUUACCCCAGUGAACCUCAUGUGCCUCAGGUGCUCAUGGAGAGCGGAGACAUGACGCCGGAUGAAUAUGACGAGUUCCUCUGCGGCCGAAGCGACUUCAUCAAGGCCACAAAAAAGGACUCCAGCGACGAGACGAAGGUGGAGGUCAUCCACAGGCGGCUGCACAAGGACAUCCUCCACAACCCCGUAGUGAUGCUCAACUUGUGUCCCAACCUCAAAACCGUCAGGUCCGACCUGAGGAAGGUGCACGGCGAGUUCAUCUUUCUCAUUGACCGCAGUGGCAGCAUGAGCGGUGUCAACAUCAACCACGUCAAGGAUGCCAUGGUGGUGAUCCUCAAGAGUCUCAUACCAGGCUGCCUGUUCAACAUUGUCAGCUUUGGCUCCACCUUCAAAUCGCUUUUCUCAGUCAGCCAGAACUACGAGGAGGAGGCACUGGCCUUGGCGUGCGAGUACAUUCGUAAAAUCCGAGCCGACAUGGGGGGUACAAACAUCCUGGCGCCGUUAAAAUGGAUUCUGAGGCAGCCCAUGUUCAGCGGACACCCCCGUCUGCUUUUCCUGUUGACGGAUGGGGCGGUGAGCAACACGGGCAAGGUGAUCGAGUUGGUGCGCAGCCACGCACGCUACAUCAGAUGCUUCACAUUUGGCAUCGGGCAGAGCGCUUGCAGGAGGAUGGUGCAGCAACUGGCCACGGUUUCCAAAGGAACAGCUGAGUUCUUGGCCCAAGGCGAGAGGCUCCAACCAAGAAUGAUAAAGUCCCUGAAGAAGACCAUGUGCCCGGUCCUCAGUGACAUCUCCAUUGAGUGGCUCUUUCCCGAGACCAAGGAAGUCCUGCUCUCCCCGGUGGGCAACACCUUCCUGUACCCCGGCGACAGUCUGAUCGGGUACGCCGUGGUAUGCGACACCACCCGCUAUCAUGCCAACCCCAAAUCUGACAAAAGACGUCGAUACAGCAUGAUGCACUCUGUGGGCUCAGGCAGCUCCGUCUUUUAUCACUCCCAAGAAGAGGACCUGCUGAGGACCCCUGCUGACUCUGCUCAGGUGGCCUACAAAGAAACACCUCAAAGCGCUCAGCACAACUCCAACCAGGAUGCCAUGACGGACGCCAGCUUUGUCACCAUGGAGCACGACGACGCGUCAGGCCAGGAGGCUCAGGCGAGAAGGCGAGCUUACAGUGCUAACCAGAUAGCCGAGCACCUGCCAGCUAAGAAAUACACCUCCAGUGAUCCCAGCUCAGUCAUGCCCAAGAAUCCUCUGAGGAGAGCCAAAGCCCAGGAGCUGCUCGGCCAUGUGAGCCCGGAGCACGAGUCCCACUGGAGGAGAGACUACCAGCCUCAACUGGCCAGUCUGUGUGCCGCCUCUUCUGGAGACCGUCAAGCUGGUGUCCAGCAGCCUUCCCUUGGGGAGACUGGUUUGGAUGCUCAGGAAAGCCCAGAACAGACCCCAGCCCACAACACCACAGGAGAGGACGGGUCCAGAUCAUCCACAGACAGUCCGUCUGUAGGUAGCGUGGGAGAUACAGAAGGAUACGGCCACCAGCUGUGUCAGGCCGAAACACUGCAAGAGAUGAACAGCGCAGAGGCGGUGGCCCAGCGGCGAGGCGAGUGCAAGGCAGUGGUGUCGGGUGUGCUCUGCGGGAAGGCCGUCCGGUGGGAGGUGCUGUUUGACGUGGAGCCCUUCCUGAAGGGACGGGAACGUGAGGAGAAGGUCCACGAGGAGCUGUGGAACGAGACUCUCCACCAUCUGGCCGGCCGCUCCAUCAUUCACGACUUUGAGCACAUGGCCGAUAGGGAGAGUGACAUUGAACAUGGCUGUGGCAGGAAGUACCAAGUGUACGCCAUCCACACGAGCAAAGCCUGCAACAUCCUGAGCAAAUACACAGCCUUCAUCCCCAUCGACCUGGACACAAAUGAAUAUCUGCACACCUGCAUUGAAUACAUCAACCCUGGCCACAGCUUUAAAAGAGGCUCGCGGUCCAGUUCGGGAAGCAGCAAGAACCGAGCUUACUCCGUUGGACUAGGCCGCUCUCAGUCUGGCGGUGUGUCGGAGGACGCGGAAGACGCUCUGACGCACAACAGUGUGGACGAUGGCGUCUCUCCCUGCAGCACUCCAUCUUCGUUCAGCUGGGAGAGAUGUAGCUUCACAGAGGUGACCCAAAGGAGUCCAUCAGUGACCUCAGACCAGUCUCAGAAAUCGGUGGAGAGCCUUUUUUCCGCAAGGUUGGCAUUCAGCAGGACUCGCCUCCUGACGAGGGCCGCCAAAGAAUUCAUGAGCCGAUCCCACAGCAAGUCAGCCGACUCCAUGGGGGAGAGUGAUAACAAGGACUACAUUCCUCUGGUGUUGCUGCAGCUGGCGUGUGGCGCUUUCCCACUGGACACCGCCCUGUGCGACGCCAUCAACGUGCCUAUGGACAAGCUCAAAUGGAGGUCCCCCUUCAGCAGCCACCGCAACAGCCUGGGGCGCCCAUCUCACCUGGGCGGCCGCCGCGUAGAGGGCACCGAAGACAACCUGUCCCAGUCGUGUAACACACAAACAUGCGCAGGACGUACAACAUGCACGGAGCACCCACCCUCCACCGGCACCCAAGUGGACGGCGGCCCAGGGGUUGCGGAGGUGGCCCACAAGGGGACACUGGACACAGAGAGCCUAGUGUGGGCGACGGCGGUGGCCCUGGCCUGGCUGGAGCACAGCUCUGCUAGCUACUUCAUCGAGUGGGAGCUUGUGGCUGCCAAGGCCAGCAUGUGGCUUGGCAGCCAGGACAUUCCAGAAGGCCGAGACGUGGCAUCUGUCAAGGCAGCUGCCAACCAGCUUUUCAUCAUCCUCAGACACUGGGACGACAACCUGCAGCUCAACAUGCUGUGCUACAACCCCAGCAGUGUGUGACCGUACUGGUGCACGACACACUAUGCUAACUAACCUGUCUGUCACUGUCGCACUUGUGAGCAACUGCAUGCUCCUACAUAUACAGGUAUAUGUGUGUGUGUGUGUGAGUGUCUCUCCUCUAAACAUAUCAGCGUCAGUACGUUUACAUGUACUUCUUUGUGCCCCUAAGGGGGUAUUCUGCGAAGACAGUUUAGUGGGUUAGCAAGGUGUGUUGAGUGGAAAGCUGGGAAUGCCUGUUCAGUGAAGGUAGCUUACUGGUAUAGAGGCUAUAUCACCACGGUAACAUAGGCUAAACUCAUAACCUGGUCCCGACCAUGUUAUGUCCAGACUUUCAGCUUAAAAUGGGCUAUGAACGCACUGCUGCAGCAGCACGACGACGGGUGUGGCUACUUUAAAAUCACACUGAUUCGCUAGCGUUCCCUGAUGAAAAUCUCUAGAAGAGAUAUCGAUUUUCAGUCUACACUACAUUUGCUCACUUUUUGAGUCGAGCAUUAGGAAUAAAAUGCAAUAUGAAAUAUUAACUCAGCCAAUGUUGGCAGACAUAUAUGUCACAGCAGUCCUUACAAGAGUACUCAGCCUGUUAGUCUUCUUCUUUUACAAUAUUUGCUGGAGGAAUAAGCACUCUGAUGCAUCAAUCAACUGGAAGAAAACACUUUAUUACAAAAAGGUCGCCACAAAACAUGUCAGCAUCGCCACCUAGUGGUCACAACAAGAUACAUAUUUCAAAGAUGAAAAAAGACAGUUACUCCAAUGUAUUUUUUUAAAUGGAUAAGCGUUAAUAUGUUAAAGGUGUGCAGUGUUGAGCGUUGACAAAUGAGAAGACAAGUAGGCUAUAGUUAAUAAUAAUAAUAAUCAGUGUUAAUUUGCGCUUUUACACGCUAAGCUUUAUUCGGCCAGCGGUCCUCCCUCGUUCUAUUGGCGGCGGCAGUGUUGCAUUUGGCAGUAAUAAUAUUUUUUAACUCCUCAUAACGCUCCAUAAUAAUUAUGGACUCACCUGGUGUAAAAUACACCGGCUGGAUCGUUUCAUUUUUGCGCGGAAGUAAUAAUAAUGUGACAUCAAAUGCCCCCUUUUAUGUGAAUGUGCACUGAGCACAAAGCCGAGAACUUACUUGACAAAGUAAGUUGAUAACCACCGUUGCAGUACCAUUUAACUUUGUUUGAGGAACUGAGGUUUUGUUGAGCUGCAUCUUCAGCACAAAGCCUGGGUUGGUUGAGACACUUUCGCAGAAUACCCCCUAAGAUUGUUAAUUAAGCUAAGUUUAUUUUCUUUCAGAGUACCUAUUACUGGCCAACAUUACUGGCCACCUACACAACCACAGUGGUGCCAUAUCCUUUUACCGCACACAAACCACCCGAACAUAUGUAGCUUUGUACAUUUAGCAUGUUUUGUACAAUUGUGUUAAAAUUUUCAUGCACUCUCGUGGACAUUCACACAACAGUAACAGUUUUCACUUCACAUACAGGUGACAACAUUGUCAAAUUAUGCUGUGGUAUGCAUUCAGUUGGCGACGUCAGUUUGUAUGGUUGAAGGCCCCGUAUUAUAGUAUUUUUCAACAAUUUUAAAUAAGUGUCGCGGGUCCCAAAAUAGUGUCCAAAAUCUAGCUUUGAUGCUGGAAUUUAGACAGUUUAAAAGUGCUUUUAGUAAGCCCUCGUUUUGUGUGUCUGUAGCUUCAGUGGUAAUGAGCUGUUCAAUGUGUACACAAUACGUAAAACAAUGUAACAUUACGGAGUGGGACAGGACUCCAAUGUUAUACGUUACAUAGAUACUACUACAGUGCUAACAUUACACUCACAUGUUAACAGCCACAUCAUGCUAGGCCUAGCCGAGGAAAAACAAAAUGAUCAAACUUUCAGCUCCCACAUCUAUAGAUGACUGACGGACAGUUGGCAGAGCGCCAGACUGCAUUUUAAAAUGUGUAGCGAAGCCUGCUGCCUUACAAAGCUGUCCUCCGGCAAGUGGUGGACAGGCUUACUUUGAUUUAUUAAGUAUUCAUGAGUAUUCACGAGUAAAACAUUAUGUCAAGACUAGAGUACAUCAAAAAUAUGUGGCUCUUAUGGGAGUCGCAUUGGACCAAAUUGGUCCUGAGGGUAAGUGUGGGCAUAUAUGCAAAUCUCCCAUUCUAUGCACCUUGCAAUAGAGGGGCACAUUGAAUUUGAUACAAUAAUAAACUAUCCUGGCCAAGUUUUAUAAAACUAGCCUAAAACAUUUUUAGGGAUGUAUAGCGAAGUCUGCUUUUUUUGUUGUUUUUUUUUUUUUUAAAUCAAAAAAGCCCUGUGAGGGCUCAUCUAGCUUGAAGCGAUUCAGAGGCUGUAUGUCCAAGAGGAAGGAUGUUUUUCCUUGAUGACAACAUAAAAAGACACAACUUCAAAAGCAAGCUUUUGAACGCCUCUUCUCUCAAAAGUAGAACAAACAAGUGAGGGAGAUCAUAGAUUUUGGACACACUGUGUAUUACAUAAGGGUCAUAGUAGGGAACCUUUAACAACAACAUUAUAGUUGCUUACGUGUCUACCAUGAACACGUACAACAGCUUAAACCGUUUUAAUACCUUCGUGUUGAUUUCUUCUCAACAACAAAAAUACUUGCCAAAUUAUUGUGCAGGCAUGUAUAAAUCAGUUUCUAAACAUAUAUUGAAGUGUGUUAGCGUCAUCAUUCCACACAUUUACGCAUAGCUGAAACAUCAGACUAACCCGAAAAAAAAUGUAAAACUAGCAUGUAAAGUUAUCGACAGAUGAAGCAGAAAUCAGUGUAAGUGUUUGUAAACCUAGCCGUGAAAAACACAAGCUUUUAUUAUGACAUAUUAUUGAAUGUUUUUUGCAGAUUCUUGUCAUGUUUUAGCAUGCACUUACACGUUGUCUCGUAGCUCAGCUAAUUAGCCAAGUGAGCUAAGUGUUUUGUGUAGAGCGUUCCACACGUCAGAUGUUUUUUGUUCAGGAAAGUGUAAUUAAAAUCAAUUUUAAUGUAGCAAAACAAGCCAAGUCAAAGAGCUAACUCGUUAUCUGACCAUGUACAUGAAACAGUGUUAAAUAGUGAUUGUUGUUUAGUGAAUUUAUCCACCCAUUCAUCCAUCUUCUACCGCUUAUCCGAGGUCGGGUCCCUGGCCAGUUUGUGUCCUCCUCCCGGCGGAUCCCGAGGCAUUCCCAGGCCAGUUGGAAAACAUAGUCUCUCCAAUGUGUCAUGGGUCUUCCUCGAGACCUCCUACCAGUCAGACGUGCCCUGGACACCUCCCCAGGAAGGCGUCCGGGAGGCAACCUGACCAGAUGCCUCAGCCACCUCAUCUGGCUCCUCUCAAUGCGGAGGAGCAGCGGUUCUAGUUUGAGUUUCUUCCAGAUGACAAUGCUUCCCACCUUAUCUCUAAGGGAGAGCCCAGCCACCCUAUGGAGAAAACUCAUUCCAGCUGCUUGUACACGCGAUCUUGUCCUUUUGGUCACUACCCAAAGCUCAUCACCAUAGGUGAGGGUAGGAACGUAGAUCGACCGGUAAAUUGAGACUUUUGCCUUUCGGCUCAGCUCUCUCUUCACCACAACGGACCGAUGUAGAGUCCGCAUCACUGCAGACGCCUCACCAAGCCGCCUGUCGAUCUCGCGUUCCAUCCUUUCCUCACUCGUGAACAAGAUCUCAAGGCACUUAAACUCCUCCACUAGUGGCAGGAUCUCAUCUCCGACCCAGAGAUGGUUCUCCACCCUUCUCUGGGUGAGAACCAUGGACUCGGACUUGGAAGUGCUGAUUCUCAUCUCGACCGCUUCACACUCUGUUGCAAAGCGAUCCAGUGAGAGAUGAAGGUCACGGCUCGAUGAAGUCAGCAGGACCACAUCAUCUGCAAAAAGCAGAGACCCAAUCCUGUGGCCACCAAACCAGAACCCCUCAACGUCCUGGCUGCGCCUAGAAAUUCUGUCCACAAAAGUAAUGAAUAGAAUCGGUGACAAAGGGCAGCCCUGGCGGAGUCCAACCCUCCCAGGAAACGAGCCCAACUUAUUGCCGGCAAUGCAAAUCAAACUGACACCGGUCAUACAGGGAACGAACAGCCUGAAUUCGCGGGUCAGAUAUCCCAUACUCCCGGUGGACUCCCCACAGAAUUCCUCAAGGAACACAGUCAAAUGCCUUUUCCAGGUCCAAAAAACACAUGUAGACUGGUUGGGCAAACUCCCGUGUACCCUCAAGAACCCUGUCAAGAGUGUAGAGCUGGUCCACAGUUCCACAAACGAAAACCACACUGCUCCUCCUGAAUCCGAGAUUCAACUAUCCGGCAGAUCCUCCUCUCCAGAACCUCUGAAUAGACCUUACUAGGAAAG